CUAACAGAAACAUCAUCUUUGAUUUCAAUUAAAAAUUAAAUUAAAUCCCAACUCCUACAUUUUGACAUAAGUUAAAAAAAAAUUACAAUUUCGUAAUGCCUCAACAGCGACGCAAGGUGGCCUUCAGUGGCAAGAAAAAGAAGGAUCAAUUGCUGCAAAAACGCAACACAAAAGGACCACCAAAGUAUUUGCGCAGCACUCAAGAGUCCUACGAAGACAGCGAUGUGGCACCAGAAUCUUCACGCAAGCUAAUGGAACAACCAUUUGGCCGCGGUGGUAAUCGAAACAAGAAUGUGAAUCGUUAUAAUCUGCAAUUCUAUCAGGAGAGCAAGAAAGAAGUGGAGCAAAUGAAACAGGAGGGCUUCAAACCAUUGGACAUUCUCAGCGCCAAAGAUCGUGAAAUGGAUGGACGCUAUUUCACAGAUUUCAAUUUUCCCAUACGCCCUCCCUUGAAUGAGAGUAGCUCUAAGGAGCAGCUUGAUCGCAGCGAGAAUCGUUAUUUUAAGGAAUAUGUAGACGAAUUGCAAAAGAAGCAACGCAAUGGUGAUAUAAAAGAACUCUCUCUAUUCGAAUUGAAUUUGGAGACUUGGCGUCAAUUGUGGCGCGUUUUGGAAUUCUCCGAUAUUUUGCUAAUCAUAGUGGAUGUGCGCUACGCCGCAUUGAUGUUUCCACCAUCCCUGUACGAUUACAUAAUCAAGACGUUAAAGAAGCAUGCAAUUGUUGUCUUCAACAAGGUGGAUCUUGUCGAGCCUGAUGUGGUGGUAGCUUGGCGCUCAUAUUUCAAUGAACACUAUCCCAAUUUGCCGAUUGUUCUGUUUGCAUCGUAUUUACCACGUUCCCGUAAGGGCAAUCAACGUGGACCACAAGUUUCACAUCGCAGGAGCAUGGAGGGCGUCUAUAAUAUAUAUCGAGAGUGCCAGCGAUAUGUACAGGGUGAAGUGGAUUUAUCGGCAUGGGAGCAAAAAAUACGCGAAGAUAUGCGUAGUGAGCAAUUGGAUAUACUGGAGGAUGUGGCCACUGUAACGGGGGAAUUAAAGAUUAGCAGCAGCAUCGAUACCACACCCCAUGAGCAUGUGAAAUAUCACAAUGGCAUCGCGACCAUUGGUUGUAUUGGCUUCCCCAACGUGGGUAAAUCAUCGUUAAUCAAUGCAUUGAAAGGACGUAAAGUGGUUAGUGUUAGUCGCACACCGGGCCAUACAAAGCAUUUCCAAACUAUAUUCCUAACGCCAUUGGUUCGUCUCUGUGAUUGCCCUGGCCUGGUUUUUCCAUCAGCUACACCAAAGUCAUUGCAAGUGCUGCUUGGAAGUUUCCCCAUCUCCCAGUUGGCAGUGCCUUAUCGUUCGCUUCGCCUACUAAGCGAGCAUUUAAAUUUACCACAAUUAUUGCGACUGCAUUUGCCGGAGGACUAUGAUGAAUGGUCAGCGGUGGCCAUUUCUGAUGCUUGGGCCUAUAAACGAGGCUUUCUCACGGCCAAAGCAGCACGACCAGAUCGCUAUCGGGCGGCAAAUCAUAUUUUACGCAUGUGUCUGGCUGGCCAACAACAAUUGGUCUUACAAUUCUAUCCACCUGGUUACGAGGAGCAGCGUGAUAAAUGGUUGCAACAUCCCGAUUUGGCGGAGGUCAAAAAUUAUCAACAGGUUGAUUUAGAUGAACCAGAAUCGGAGACCAAUGAGGAUACUUCAUCUGUUUGUUCGGACACUGCUGAUAGCGAUGACGAUGAUGAGGAUAGUUCCAAUGAUGAAACCAAUGCUGAUGAAAGUGAAUGUACAGCCGAACAAGAAGCUCCACGUUCUCGAAAUGUUUUCGCAUUGCUUGAGGAUGAUUAAGAUUCUUGAAAAAAGAUGAGAUAGGAUUCAAACGGAAUUUGUCUUUAUUUUUGAUAUUCGUUAUCGCAUGCCUCUUGAAGUGCGCAUCUAUAUAUAUAAAGAUAUAUAUAUAUAGGUACAUGAAUUAUUUAUAUACUAACUUAUAUGAAACAAAACAAAAAAAAAUACAUACAAAAUA